CAAGAAGCUCAAGCCUGAGAGGGGUUUUCUUUUUUUUCCUAGCUUCUUGAAAGUAUUUUGUGUAUAGCUUUGAAAAGGUCCGACGCUGGAUCUGUAUUCUUUGCGAAUUUUAUCUGCACGAAAAUUCAGGGUGCGAGUUCUGAACGGCAGGACGAAAUCAGAGAGAAAGCAAACCAAUUGAAACGGCACUAUCUGCACUUGCCCGACUCAUCUUCACCACCUGCAGUCGACCGGGCGGAAAUCUCGUUGUGUUGUCUGCUGCUUGUCCCUCCCUCUCAGAUUGGGGUUUGGCAUCGAGACUUGGUUGGUACCAAGGUCUGCAAGAGUUGGGUACCUUGGUCAAUCAUACACAAGGACUUCGUCGAACACACCAGAUACCCGGGAGGAGUUACAGUCAUCUAAGAUUCCAGGUUUUAUCUUUGAACGCGGCUUAGACCCAAGAGAACAGAGAGAAAAAGUCCCGUCACCGAGACCUAUAUCCAGAUACUUGGUGCCAUCACUCGCCGAAUCCGCAGCAAUUGGUUUAGCAAUUCUGGGCACCGAUCCGUCUGUGUAACAAACAAGCAAACAAACACUAUGUCCGAACAACCCCUCCUGCAAAGUGCCCCAGGCAAACGUAUUGCACUCCCCACCCGUGUCGAACCCAAGGUCUUUUUCGCAAACGAGCGAACAUUCCUCUCAUGGCUCAACUUCACCGUUAUCCUAGGCGGCUUAGCUGUCGGCCUUCUCAACUUUGGUGACAAGGUAGGCCGCAUCUCUGCAGGUCUAUUCACCCUGGUCGCCAUGGCGGCUAUGAUCUACGCCCUGUUCACCUUCCACUGGCGGGCAAAGUCCAUUCGGGUUCGAGGACAAGGAGGAUUCGAUGACAGGAUCGGACCGACAGUACUGGCAUUGGCGCUGCUGGCAGCAGUUGUGGUUAAUUUCGUGCUCCGACUGGUUGAGGCAUGAGGCUCAUGCUUGUAUGUUUCUAAAAAUAUGGACAUCUCGAUCUGGGAAAGGCGAAUUACAACAGCACAAGUUGAAAAAUCUGGAGCAAGGGAAAAUCAUGGGCGGCACCCUGUGUAAGCUUCAAGCUGUAUUAGGACAUCCUGGCGAAAUCCGCUGUAAGGACGGCUAGGCUCAUCCCAAGUGCUCUUCUGGGUAUCAAUCCGUAAUACUACAUAAUAAGAAUCUCGACAAAUCCAGC